CACCUACACACGACGUCGUACCUAUUUAAUCUAGCUACCUCUUUCUCUCUAUAAAUACCCUUAACUUAAACCACAUUUUCCAACACACACAUUACAAAAUCAAUCGAUCGUGAUACAUCGUUGUCGUCGAGUUCUUGAUCCAAUGUCUCACAUCGCCGUCGAGAGAAACCGCCGCAAGCAGAUGAACGACCACCUCAAAGUCCUACGUUCCUUAACCCCGUGUUUCUACAUCAAACGGGGUGAUCAAGCCUCGAUUAUUGGCGGAGUGAUCGAGUUCAUAAAGGAGUUGCAUCAAGUGGUGCAGUCGUUGGAGACGAAGAAGAGGAGGAAGAGCCUGAGCCCCAGCCCGGUGCCCAGCCCUAGGCAGUUCAGGCUCAGUCCUCCUCAGCCAGAAACCCCCUUUUUUGGGGAUUUCAAGGAGUUGGGAGCUUGCUGCAACUCACCGGUUGCUGAUGUGGAGGCGAAGAUCUCGGGCUCCAAUGUGAUUCUAAGAACUAUAUCUAAACGAAUCCCGGGGCAGAUCGUGAGGAUCGUUGGUGUCUUGGAGAGGCUUUCCUUUGAGAUUCUUCACUUGAACAUUAGCACCAUGGAAGAUACUGUUCUUUACUCCUUUGUCGUCAAGAUAGGGUUGGAGUGCCAAGUGAGUGUGGAGGAGCUAGCAUUUGAAGUUCAGCAAAGUUUCUGCUCUCAACAAGUCUACAUUAGGGAACAUGCACAAAUUUUGUCAUGAAAAAUUAACAAAUUAAACUUUUAUGUAGUCAUCAAUGUAACCCUAAACCCUAAAACCUGAACCCUACAUAUAUAUAUUGAGUUUGUGUGUGUGUGUUAACUAGGUUUCUCCUUAUGUAUGAAGGGAAAGAAAGUGAGAAUAUUCACUACAUAUGUAUUGUUACUAUCUAAAUGUAUUACAGUUUUGGGGUUACACGAGAUGGAGUACUUGGUUCUUUUCUUGUA